CCUCCAUGGAGGGCUCGUGUAGCAGUCCUCUGCCUCACUACUUCCACGGCCACAUUUCAACAUGACUUAAGAAGCAACGCCUGGCUCUUCAGCAUCCCAGCGGUACCAAUUUACAACUUCUAUGUUUGAACAUUCCCCCCUGCUCCUCUGAAACCACUCCCCGGUACUUUCCUCCUUCAUUUCCCGGGAGAUAAAGCAGUUCCGUGGGAAUAAGAGGCUCGUUUACUUCGGGGACCCGCAUGGAUGUGGCAGCGGCAGAGGGGAUUUCUCUGCCGGGUAUCCGACUGCGGAACCGGCCGAAGCAAGUGAUGCCGAACCAGCGGAAGGUGAAGGCGAGACGGAAAAGACGAAAGGAGUUGGUGUUAAUCCAAAUCUGCUUGUUCGGGGGCUUGAUACUGGUCGUGAAGGGGUUUUCCUUCUUAGCGGAAAAUUCAGGUUUCCACGUCUCUAGCCCCAGCAGCGAGGGCCAGGAGAGAUGGGGAGGGAGGAGGCUCCUGCAGGAAGUGGAGAACAGCAGCCUGGAGGAAAUUGAGAGUGAAGGAUCUAAGAACUGCACUGCUCCAGCUCUGCACGAGUUCCCUACAGACCUGUUCACACACAAGGAGAGAACAGAGGGAGCUGUGGCCCUGCAUGUGCUGUGUACCAUCUACAUGUUCUGCGCUCUCGCCCUCGUCUGUGAUGAUUACUUCGUCCCCUCCCUGGAGAAGUUGUGUGAGCGCCUCCAGCUCAGUGAAGAUGUAGCAGGAGCCACCUUCAUGGCCGCCGGCAGCUCGGCUCCGGAGCUCUUCACAUCCAUCAUAGGGGUGUUCAUCACCAAAGGUGACGUGGGUGUGGGGACCAUCGUGGGCUCGGCCGUCUUCAACAUCCUCUGCAUCAUCGGUGUGUGCGGCUUCUUCGCCGGACAGGCAGUGAAGCUCUCUCACUGGGCUCUACUCCGAGAUUCAACUUAUUACACAUUUUCCAUCACGGCCCUCAUUGUGUUCAUAUACGACGAGGAGGUUUGCUGGUGGGAGUCUCUUAUCCUGAUUCUCAUGUAUGCAAUCUACAUCCUCAUCAUGAAGUUUAACGGCAGGGCGCAUCGCUACUUCGACCGGCGAAAGAAAGGUUCUGUGAAUCUGUCCAAUGGGCUGACAGGAAGCACUGAUCUGGAGGAUAAUGUCACGUGUGACGCGACUGCAGUCCUGCUCAAGAAAGCUAACUUCCACUGUACGCCGUCGGUGCUGAUGGUGGAUGAGCUGCUGUGUGCGUACCCCCACCAGCUGUCUUUCUCUGAGGCCGGCAUGAGGAUCAUGAUCACCAGUCACUUCUCCCCCAGGACCCGCCUCACCAUGGCCUCUCGCAUGCUCAUCAACGAGAGACAAAGACUGAUCAACACCAGUGAGACUCGGGUCAACCGCAUCACCAACGGCGACUCCGACUCCGCCGCCAAGGCUCAGGGGAGGCGGGGCUUAGAGAACGGGAUGGGCGGAGCUGAGCAGGGUCUGAACGGCAGGUGUAGACUCCAGCGACUGGAGAACGAGACAGAGAACGAGAACGAGGAUAACGAGAACAACGAGAACGACGAGGAGGGAGAGGGGGAAGAUGGAGACUCCGGCCCCUCGGUGCCUUUCAAAAUUCCAGCCGGGGCGGGGAACAAGCUGAAGUGGAUCACCAUGUGGCCGCUGUCUCUUCUUCUGUUCUUCACCGUGCCCAACUGUGCCAAGCGGCGCUGGGAGAGGUGGUUCAUGGUCUCCUUCUUCACCGCCACCAUCUGGAUCGCUGGCCUCUCCUACAUCAUGGUCUGGAUGGUGACUGUGAUAGGCUUCACUUUGGGCAUCCCAGAUGUGAUCAUGGGCAUCACGUUCCUAGCAGCAGGCACCAGCGUCCCAGACUGCAUGGCGAGUCUUAUAGUCGCACGGCAAGGUCUGGGGGACAUGGCCAUCUCCAACUCCAUCGGCAGUAAUGUGUUUGACAUCCUGGUGGGCCUGGGUCUGCCCUGGGCGGUGCAGACGCUCUGCAUCGACUACGGCUCCACCAUCCAUCUCAACAGCAGAGGACUCAUUUUCUCUGUCGGGCUCCUGCUGGCCUCAGUAUUCGUCACAGUUCUCGGUGUCCAUUUGAACAAAUGGACUCUGGACUGGCGACUAGGCUUGGCCUGCAUCAUCUUGUACGCCAUCUUUCUCUGCAUCUCCAUCCUCAUCGAGUUCAACGUCUUCAUCUUCGUCAACCUGCCCAUGUGUCGAGACAUCCACUGACCCCCUUCUCUCUCUUCUGUCUUCUUGUUCCUCAUGUCCAUGGAGGAAACCUCACAUGGCUUCCAGAUUCUCUGCACCCUGAAACCUUUUACUUUUAGACGAGCUCUAUAUGAUUUAUCUUUGGUGCAAUACACACAAGACAGAAGACAGAGGACUUUUUUUGGACUCGACGGAGGCGUGAAGAGAGAGUCCCAGCACCGGGAGGUUGGCUGGAGUGUGUGAACACCGACAGGACUGAUGCUGCAGGAGCUGCUACUGUAACUGACGGAGGAAAGAGGGGAAUCCUGCGGAGCCAUUUCUAGCUGGAUUGUUUGUUACUCUUUGUACAAGUUUGGAAUAAAAGCACACAAUUAAGGUAUUUUUAAGUCAAAAACAGGCUCUAUAUAUAUUUGAAGAUGAUAUAAUAGUAGCUGAUAUAUGGGAUUAUUUUAUGCACAACUGGAUCAGUCUUGCCAAGCUGUACGAUCCAGUGACUAUUUUGUGAUUUCAGAAAUACUCUCCAAAUGCUUUGCCAUGUCUGGAUGCUCAGUACCUGCGGACACAGCAUGCUGUACGAGCCCCAAGUCAACUUUAGCUUUGCACUGACGGAAUCCACAUAUUUAACACUUUCCACAUAUUCUACAGGCUUAUCCACGACACAUAGGCUUUAUUUUCCUUUGGUGAAACCCACAUAGGGAAGGGAUCUGCCUCUCACUGGCAUCCAGCACUGUCACUUUAUUGAUUAUUCUCUCAUUGCAAAGCGUCUACAGGUACUCUAAACAUAUAACUACUGACUUUAGAGCUCCCUCUAUUGUACAUAUUUAAGAAUUAGAUUUUGAAUUGAGUUUAACAAUGUUACUUCUUAAAGCCAAAAGUAUUUUUAGAAUAGUAGGAGUACUUAAGUGUGUGUGUGUGUGUGUGUGUGUGUGUGUGUGUGUGUGUGUGUGUGUGUGUGUGUGUGUGUGUGUGUGUGUGUGUGUGUGUGUGUGUGUGUGUGAGAGUCUCGAGAGGACCCAAGGACAUCACUGUUGCUGGGAAGACAUAAUCAUGAUUUAUUUAUGAAUUAAUUUAUUCAAAGAUCGUGUCUUACCGCCAGUUCCCGCCCUUUGGAUCGUGUACAGUGUAUUUUAACGGGACUCUUUGAAUACUGUACAGUGUACUGUAUACCUAAUAUAUAAUCUGAGUACUGGAAACUGAUUUGAUGUUGUUUAUAUUUAAGAAUAGAUAAUUUAUAAGUUUUGUAUAGUUUGAAAAGAUAUUGCAACAUUUGUAUAUUGGCACAAACCCGGUGGUUUUUUCGACGAUGAUGCACGAGAGUCUUUAACGUGGAAUAAAUGAUGAGUGAUGGUUGUGGGAGAUUGACUUUCCGAUAAGGAAGUCCGUUCUUUGAACUUUCACAACAUAACGUUUCUUAAAACACAGUGCUUUAACUCUUGUUCCAUCACUUGUAUUUUGGAGGCUUCAAAGCUAACUUGUUGCUAUUCUCCUGCUUGUCUUUGAGACAAAAAAACACCUUUGUCAGCAGUAUUGCCUCUCUGUUUCAGCAUGUGUUCAAAAUUACAAAUGUGUAAGAUAUUUUUAUUUGAUCUUAGUUUUUAGCUGAAGAAUUGUAAUGCUCAUAGGGUUAAUUAAAAGUGUCCUUCUGCGGCCACAAGAGAGCGCCGUAGAGCCGUGUUUAAUAUUCACAGAUUAUUAUACGGGAAGUGGCUUUGGUAUAUUUUCAGGUAGAGAUAAAUACUGGUGGGUUUGCAUGCCUCUUCCAUGAUUCCGAUUAUUUUGUGUGUAAUUGAAAUGCAUUUCAAGAUGAAAAAAGUAUUGUACAUAUCAGAGGGAUAUGCUAUUAGAAACACAGAUGUUGAAAUAACUUCUGAUGAGCAGUUAUAUUCCACAUAUAUACUGUAUUUAGAAUGUAGGCCUGCAACAGUUCGGCUAAUUAAUGUCGUGUUAUGCUCAUGUCUUCAACGGUGUGUAAAUCCUAUUUGUUGUUGAUGAGGACCUCUGGGCAGAGUUCAGAGAGAGGAAGAUGUUCCCAGUGGUCUUCUUGCAAUAAACUGAUUUACACACACUGAUGACUUCUGAUUACCUUCCUGUUUCACAGCAACCUAUCAGAACAAUAAAGUGAGACACAUACUGUU